CUCUAUCUCUCUCUCUCUCUCUGAAUCACUCUCUCUUCUUUGAGUUGAAUCAACGCAAACUCACAAUCAAAAACACAGCAAACACACUUACUUAGACCCAUUUAUCUGAAUCUGAAUCCGAGUCUCUCUGCAGAAGCACAUAUUAUUCAUGGAUGAGAAGUGGAAGCUGUCGAAGAAAGAGACAACAGCUUCUUCUUCUUAUUCCUCUAAGUCAAUGUUCUCUAGAAGCUUCUCAACAAGUGCUUCCUCCACAAAGUCUCCAAUAUUCGUAAGGAGUUCCUCUACUAAGUGCUCUAUACCUUCAUCCACCUAUUCCUCUUCUUCUUCCUCUUCAGUCUCUAGAAGCUUCUCAAGAAAAGAGAGAAGAUCUUCUUCUUCAUCUUCAUCUUCUUCUUCUAUCACUCAGAAAUACAGCAGUUUGGCUAAAGAACAGAAGGCAAGGUUUUACAUCAUGAGAAGGUGUGUGGCUAUGCUUGUUUGUUGGCAUAAACAUGGAGAUUCUUAAUUUUUGUUCUUUUUUUCUUUGUCUUGGUUCCUUGUAAUUAGACCAGUUUUAUUAUUGAGGGUUUCCAUACAAGUACAUUGUAAGAAGAGAUUUUGAUUUUAAGAACUUAGGUGUUCUA